AUGUCAACAGUCGUUUUAUUAAUUCUUGUCAUCAUUGUUGGUGUGUUGACUCAUCUCUCCACUCAACAAAUUUCAUCUUUGCCAUUAGCCCAAUCCAUCAAACAAAUGAUUGAUCAUUCUCAUCAACAUUAUCCUGAAUCUGACCUUUCCGAAUACAUGAAGAAACUUUCCGAAACUAAACAACAACGUUCUGCUCUUGCCACUUCAGAUAUCGAAUCUGGUUCUUGGUUAUUAGGUGAUAUGACAUUAUUUAACGAUCAAUGUGAUCAAACUAUUCUUCCAUUCACUCAAAUGGUGUCAACUAGUAAUGGCAUUACAAUUUCACAUGUCAUUGGCAGUUUUAAAAUGACAAUUAGCACCAUAAUUCCAAGACCUCUCAGUAAUCUUUACAAUGCAAUUUUGUCAUAUGACGGCGACAGCAUUCCAAUCUGUUUUAAUAUUAAGGGAGGUCAACUAGCUUUCACUUCUGAUUUUUUGUUGUGUUCCUCAGUUGACAAUUUCACACCAACUUGUCAAGCUUCAAAUGGAAAUGUCUACAAUAUUGCAAUUGUUUACAAAUCACCAGGUACAAUCUCUGGUGGAGUGACUGCUGGUUUGAUUAUUGGUGUUGUUUUGUUCUGUUUAUUGAUUUUGUGUUGUUGCAUUUGUUGUAUCGUUUGCAUUACGAGAAGAAAUUCGAGACAACCUAAUUAUGGAAGAUUGAAUUAAAUGUUUUUGUAAUGAUUGCAGUAUUAGUAAAUAUGACAUAACAAGGUCAGGAUCGUUCUACAC